AUGUGGUAUGAUGCAUUCGGCCUAGAUAGCAUUUCGGAUCUCAUCUAUGGUCAACCUUCAAACUGUCUAGUGACAAUGCGCAGUUCAGAACAGUGUGCCAAGCGAUGGAAGCAAUUUCUAGAUCCGCAGCUGAAUCAUAUCGAAUGGACAGAGGAGGAGGACCGUCGUUUGGUAGAAUAUGUGGCCGUGAAAGGACGAAGUUGGAAGGAGAUCCAGAUAGAAAAAUUUCCUUCCCGAUCCCGGAACUCGAUCAAGAAUCAAUAUACCAUCCUCACUCGACGAGAGAGCAGGCUAGGAAAUGGCGGAACCAAGAAGGUUGAACAGCACCAGGGCCAAUCAACAGCUACAGAAACUGUAUGUCCGACCGACUUAUGGCCCAACGACGAAGACGGUCAAAUGGAUAGGGACGACAAUAAUAAAGAGGAGAACAAAGCGAGCAGAGAGAAAGAAAUCGAGCGGCUGGCCCUAUGUGAUUCCCACAAGCGCCAGAGCAUAGCCAGCUCCAGUUGCAACUCUAAGCUCGAGACCCCGGACAACGCUUAUAUAUGUAAUGACCCAGAUAAAGUGGCAUGGGAAGACAUCCCAUUCGAAGUCUCCGGCUCUACGUGGGACCCAACGAUUCCCUGGGUUGGGGAUGCCACCGCGGUCUCGCCCGACUUUCUCCAGGGGCUUAGCUUCAACACAUCGGAGACCGCUACGCAAGGUCUAUAUUCCAAUCUUCUGCACUUGCCACAGACCGAAAUAGCUGGAUUCUCGAGACAAGACAUUGUAGGGAUGGCAGGCUUCGAGCCGCAGCAACCAGCCAAUGUGCCGCCCCUCGGCAUCGAGAAGCAGACGAUGGCGCGGUCAAUUCCCUGUUGCAAAUUGCAUGUUCUGGUGGAUCAAGAUUUCAGUUUGUGCGGGAAUAAGGCCAUAAGAGAUGCAGAUAAAAUAAGUAGCAAUAUUAUCAGCUAUGGAGUUUUGUGA